AAAACGUAGAAAGAGACAGAGCCAACCAUCCUUUCUCUCUCAAACAACAACAAGACGACCAAAAGAAAAGAAAAGAAAAAAAUCUAAGAUGUAUAGGCUAAGUAACGCCGUAAUAGGAUACCUAAACCUCCUCACCCUUCUCUCAUCAAUCCCAAUCAUCGGCGGGGCGCUAUGGGUGGCUCGGAGCUCCGCCACCUGCGAAUCGGCACUUCAAACUCCACUCCUCGCCGUGGGAUUCGUGGUUCUCGUCGUCUCACUCGCCGGCUUCAUCGGGGCCUGUUUCAACGUGGUGUGCGCGCUUUGGGUAUAUCUCUUCGCGAUGCUCUUAUUGAUCGCUGCGCUGCUCUCCAUAAUGGCGUUCGGCUUCGCCGUCACAGGCGGCGGCGGGGGAGUUCAAGUCCCCGGCCGGAUCUACCGUGAGUAUGACUUGUCCGAUUACUCGGCUUGGCUCCGCCACCGGAUCCAGGAGGAGAAGUAUUGGCGAGCCGCACGUGCCUGCGUUGUGGGGUCCAAGGCUUGUGCCAACGUGGCGCGCUGGACACCGCUUGAUUAUCUGCAGCGCGACCUCACGCCGAUUCAGGUGCGAUUUUAUCAUUCUUUGAUUAAUUUUAAUUAUCAGUAGGGAUGAUUAGAGCAC